GUGUACGGUGACGUGGAAUUCUCCCUUCAUUCUUUCUCUCUCCUUUUUCUCUCACCACCCCUUACUUCUUCUCUCAUUCUCAAAGCAAACCCCUUUCCCUCGUUUUUUUUAAGAGAGAGAAAGUAGAGAGAGGAUUUUGCGAUAUUAGUUUUUUCUCCAAACAUUAAAUUUGAGGAUAAUUUUGAAGCUCCGAGGAUUGGCUUUUAUUUUUCUUCCUUAUUUGAUUCGAAGAGGGUUUUGUGUUUUUUUUUUGUCAGUUGAAUAAUUUCUCUGGAAGUAUUAGAUUAGUCUCAGUGCUUUCCUUUUGGUGCUUAUACCUCAUGGGAAACAGUGAAGAUGGGAAAUCUGUUAAGACUGAAAAGCCUUUUUCACCUGUAACAACUGAUCAGACCAAUCAAGCUAACCAGCCUAACAUUCAUGUCUAUCCUGAUUGGGCUGCCAUGCAGGCAUACUAUGGGCAAAGAGUCAAUGUUCCACCAUACUUCAACUCAGCUGUUGCUUCGGGUCAUGCUCCUCACCCAUACAUGUGGGGACCACCACAGGCUAUGAUGCCACCAUAUGGGCAAUCAUAUGCAACAUUUUAUUCACAUGGAGGGGUUUAUACCCACCCUGCGGUUGCUAUCGGGCCAAAUUCACAUGGUCAAGGAAUUCCAUCUUCACCUGCUGCUGGAACUCUUUCAAUAGAGACACCAACCAAAUCAUCUGGAAACACUGAUCAGGGUUUAAUGAAAAAAUUGAAAGGAUUUGAUGGGCUUGCGAUGUCAAUAGGCAAUAGCAAUGCUGAGCGUGGAGCGGAAAACAGACUAUCGCAGAGUGUGGAUACCGAGGGUUCCAGCGAUGGAAGUGAUGGCAACACUACAGGGACGAAUGGAACAAGAAAAAGAAGCCAUGACAGAACACCAACCACCACUGAUGGAGAAGGGAAAACUGAGAUGCAAAAUAGUCCAGUUUGCAAAGAGACUACAGCUUCCAAAAAGAUGGUGUCGGCUACCCCAGCUGGUGUUGCAGAAAAAUUUGUUCGACCUGUAGUUUCUUCAGGUAUGACCACAGCACUCGAGCUGAGGAAUGCUGCAACUGUUUCCGUCAGUGCCCCACAACCUUGUGGAGUUAUCCCUCCUGAAGCUUGGAUACAGAAUGAGCGUGAGCUGAAACGUGAGAGGAGGAAACAAUCAAACCGUGAAUCUGCUAGAAGGUCCAGGCUUAGGAAACAGGCUGAGGCUGAAGAAUUGGCGCGAAAAGUCGAUACAUUGAUUGCUGAGAAUUUGUCGCUGAAAGCGGAAAUGAAUCAAUUGGCUGAAAAUUCUGAAAAGCUGAAAAUGGAAAAUGCUACAUUGAAGGAAAAGCUGAAAAACACUCAACUGGGACAAACAGAAGAGAUAAUUUUGAACAGCAUUGACAAAAGGGCUACACCUGUAAGCACAGAAAAUUUACUAUCUAGAGUUAAUAAUUCCAAUUCUAAUGACAGAACUGCAGAAGAAGAUAAUGGUUACUGUGAGAGCAACAAACCAAAUUCUGGUACAAAACUUCAUCAACUACUUGAUACAAAUCCUAGAGCUAAUGCUGUUGCAGCUAGUUGAAGAAGAAAAAAAAAACCAGUUAUUUGCACUGGUUUUGUUGAUUAUGUAGUUUUGGCAUAUUAUGAAGUCCAAAAUUACUGCUAACGGUUUUCCAAAUGGAUGGUCAGUUGAAUUUUAGUAUCUAAAUCCAUCAAAGCCAAAACUAAUUUUAUUGCUCUUCAGUUUCUUAGGAUAUAAAACUAUGUAUUUAUUAGAUUUGAUAGGGAUAUGGAUGAGAGUUUCAAAAGUUUGUACAUUGAAGAGAAAUAGGAGGCUUAGUUUAUAGACUUUAGAAAGAGUUGUGGUUGGAAUCGAUAUAUGAUUGGUCGUGUAUUUUAAGGAUUGGUGUGAAGUGUGAACCUUUAGUAAAGGUAUUCUGACUUUUUUGUUAGUUUGAUUUAUAUGUUUUUGCAAUUAAAUCCUUAUGUUUGUGGCCCA